AUGUCAUUGGGUAGUUCCGGGGUGGCCUCAGGGCUCGGUUCCCAGCCCAGCUGCAGCACCCCUCAGCUGGAACAAAGGAGUUCCUUCCCGGCGCGGCAUCUCCUUCCACCGCAGAGCCGCUCGCUCGCCCUGCUCAGCCAGGAGGACUUCUUAAGAAGCUUCAACGGGAGCUUCUCUGAUGUAAGCGAUGUCUGUGGGGCUGAUCUGUUGGACUGCAGCUCCUCCACCCCCGACCCGCAGCUGGUCCGCAGGAUUGUGUCCCAGGUGGAGUUCUACCUUUCUGAUGAGAACCUGUCCAAGGAUGCUUUCCUUCUGAAACAUGUCCAAAAGAAGAAGAUGGGCUUUGUCAGCAUCAAACUGCUGACAUCCUUCAAGAAGGUGAAAUACCUGACGCGUGACUGGCGGCUCACACGCUACGCCCUGCAGUUCUCGGAGCUGCUGGAAGUGAACAAGGAGGGCACCAAAGUGAGGCGGCGGGUCCCCCUGCCCGAGUCCCUGCGGAGCUUCUCCCCCAGCAAACUGCUGCUGGCCUGGGAGCUGCUGCCGGUCCAGAAUAACUUCAUCGAGACCAUCGUGAGUAUGUUCAGCCCCUUUGGUGCCAUUGUAUCCAUCCACAUCCUGCGGCCGGGCCGCAAGCUGCCCUCGCAUGUGCGGAAAUACACGUCGCUCUUCCCCGAGCUGCUGAGAAAGCGCUGUGCCCUGGUGGAGUACGAUAGGCUGGGGAGCGCCCGCAGGGCCUUUGAGCACCUCGGCCGCCGAAGCCACCGGUGCGGUGAGAGCAUCAGGGUGGUCUGGCUCUGCUGGAAGGUCUCCAAGAAGGAACCUCAGAACAAGAGGGAGGUGGCGAAGAAGCUGGGCCACCACUGGGAUUGGAAGGUGCAGGCGGCGGCCACCAUCUUCCCCUAUGGCAUUGGGGGCUCCCUGCUCUACCGCUCUCUGGAGUCCGGUCAGCAUGUGAGACGAGAUGCUGAGCAGCAGCGACCCCGGGAGCUGUGCCAUACCAUGCUGGUGGCACCGAGAGCGCCCCUGUGCAGGCUCCAGAGGGGCUCCCAGCACCCCAGCGGCAUCACUGAGACUGCUCAAAGGAAGGGGCUUAUCCCCUACGACCGCCGGUGCUGGGGGCUGCUCUGA